UGCCGAGCGAGGCCCCGGGCUGGGGGUGGCCGUGCCCCCGCCCCCCACCCCCCCCGUUGGCACAGAGCCCCCCCCGGGCUGGGGGACGGAGCCAUGGCAGGGGACGGGGAGCUCAACCGCGUCAUCAGGGACCUGCAGAAGACCGUCGGCGAGCUGAACCGCGGCUACCGCGAGCAGAACGUGCCGGUGACGGACGGCAGCCGGGAGCUGCACAGCCUCUGCGCCCAGCUGGAGUUCCUCCUGCAGUUUGACCUCAAGGAGAAGAAGAGCUUCUUCGGGCAGCGCAAGGACUAUUGGGACUUCUUGUGCCAGGGCCUGGCGCGGCGCCGCCAGGAGCACGAGGGCGUGCGCUUCGUCACCUCGCUGGACAAGCUGAAGACCCCCGUGGGCAGGGGCCGGGCCUUCCUGCGCUACUGCCUGGUGCACCGGCAGCUGGCGGAGUCCCUGCAGCUCUGCCUGCUCGACCCCGAGAGCCUCAGCGAGUGGUACUACGCCCGCAGCCCCUUCCUGAGCCCCCAGCGCCGGGCGGAGAUCCUGGGCAGCCUGUACGAGCUGGACGGCGUCACCUUCCAGCUGGCCCUGCACAGGGCGGACCUGGACACCGCCUGGCCCAUGUUCUCUGAGACCCUGGUGCGCCCCAGCGUGGCAAAGACAGCCCCACAGCCAGGCGGUACCGGCCCGGGGGCACACGGCUGUGCAGGGGACACCUCGCAGCCCAUCGCGGCGCCCCGGAGGGCACCAGCCCAGCCGAGCCCACCAGGGGGGGGCGAGGAGGAGGAGGAGGAGGGGGAGGAGGACGUGGAGGGGGAGCUGGAUAUGGAGGAGGACGGAAAGGAAGACCACGACGAUGAGGAGAAGGAGGAUGACAAUGAGGAGGAAGAGGACAUCCCCAGCACCAUGGAGGUCCCCCAGCCUGGUGCCAACGGUGACCCCAUCCCAUCAUCACCGCCCGGCACGGGGCUCAUGGCCGGGACGGAGGCAUCGCUGCUGGUGUCCCGGCUGCGUGCCGAGCUGUGCCGGCAGGAGGAGGCGGCGCGGGCGCUGGCGGCCCGGCUGGCACGGGAGGAGCGGCGGCACCGGCAGCAGGAGGAGAGCAGCGCCCGGCAGGCCCGGCUGCGGGAGCGCGAGGCCGAGGCGCUGCGGGAGACCAACGUCUUCCUCAGCCGGGCGCUGGCCGAGGCAGGGGGCCCGCGGGCGCUGGCGCAGGCACAGGAGGAGGCGCGGAGGUGGCGGGAGGUGGCGGAGGAGCAGGGCGCCCGCCUGGCCACGGCGCUGGGGGAGGCGGCGGCCUUGGCCUCGCGCCUGCAGGACUGCCAGGCCAUGCUGGAGGCGGGGGGACGGACAGACGCCCCGAAGGAUGCGGGCACCCCAGCCGAGGUGGCUGCGCUCGAGGAGGUGCUGAGGAGGGCGCUGGAGCUCGCCCGUGGUCCCCAGGACCCCACGAUGGAUGGCCAGGGAGAGGGGGACCCCGGCACGGCCGCUGACAUGGCGAUGCGCCUGGCAGCCCUGGCCGCGGCGGCGCAGGAGGAGGCUCGGCAGAGCCAGCAGCAGCUCCAGGCCCAGCGGGAGGAGGUGGCACAGCUGCAGGAGCAGCUCAGCAGGGCCCGUCAGGACGGGGAGCGCUGGGCAUCGGCCCUGCAGCGGGCGCAGCGGGAGGCGCUGGAGCGGGAGGCCACGCGCGGCGCGGAGCAGGCGCGGCAGCAGGAGCUCAUCCGCGACAUGAAGGGGCGGCUGCUGGAGCUGCUGCGGGAGAAGGACGCCCUGUGGCAGAAGACGGAGGGCAUCGACGCACCGGCACCCAGCCCGGCGCCCCGCGACGCAGGUCUGUGCGCCCGCUGCCACAAGGAUUUCCGCCUCCUGUCCCGGCGGUACAGCUGCAGGCUGUGCCAGGGCAAGGUGUGCCACGCGUGCUCCGUGGACGUGGGCAAGCAGGGGCGGUGCUGCCUGCUCUGCUACCAGCAGAGGCACCCGGCGGCUACCUGAGUGCCGAGGGGGUCUGUCCUGCUGCGCCUGGGGCACGGGGCCUGCGGGCAGGUCCUGACCCCCCCAGGUGUUGGGGCUGAGAUGUUCUCCGCACGGCCGGUCCGUGGAAACAACCCGGU